CUGAAUAAAUAGUGACAACACUGUUACUUUGUGACAUAUUGUGAUUCUUUCCUGAGCUGUUCAAUUGAAUACAAAUUUAAGUAAAAAUGGUUUUUUAUUUUAAAAGUAAUGUGGUUGAUCCUCCAGCUGUCUUGUAUAUGGGCCGAGACAAACAUGAAAAUGAAGACUUGAUCAGAUGGGGCUGGCCUGAAGAUGUUUGGUUCCAUGUACAUAAUUAUUCAUCCGCUCAUGUGUAUCUUCGAUUGGAAGAGGGGCAGACCAUCGAUGACAUCCCGACAGAAGUUGUAGAAGACGCCGUUCAGUUAGUCAAAGCCAAUAGUAUUCAGGGUAAUAAAUUGAAUAACAUAGAUGUCGUAUAUACAAUGUGGGAGAACCUUAAGAAAACUCCAGACAUGGAAGCUGGUCAAGUGGCCUACCACAGUGAGAAGGCAGUCAAAAAGAUACGGGUGGAAAAGCGGCGCAACGACAUAGUUAAUCGACUGAAUAGAACCAAAACAGAGGAAUAUCCUGAUCUUAGACAACAGCGAGAGAAACGCGAUUCUUUGGAGCGACAAGCACAAAAGGCCCAGAUUCGAUCGCAGAGAGAAAUCGAAAAAGAAAUUGAAAAACAAAGACAACAAGAGCAGGAACUCAAAAAUUACACAUCUUUGCUAAAGUCUGAAAAUAUGACCACCAACUAUGACAAUGGAAACGAUUCUGAUGACUUUAUGUAACUACUUACAUAUAUAAUAUUUUGUGUUAUUUUUCCCCCCAAAUAAAUAAAUGUAUGAAUUCUGUUUUUUUUCAUUUUGAUUACUA